UGGCAUCGAUUCAACAUAUAAAACGAAUCGCUAUGGUAUGCCUUGCAUUGAGAUGAUAGGGGUGGCACCGACAAAUAUGAACUUCCUUAUCGCCUAUGCCAUAGUGAGGGAUGAGAGUGCAUACAGUUACCAGUGGGUGUUGCAGUGUCUGCGUAUUCUAAUUGGCGAUGAUGUGAGCCCGAGUGUCAUAUUUACAGAUCGAGAAUUGGGUUUGAUUAGACCUAUUAGGGAAGUUUUUCCAGCUGCUACUCAUCUUCUUUGUACAUGGCAUAUUAACAAAGAUGUGGAGGCACGAGUUAGUAGAUUAUGUGGGGGGCGGAAUUUGGAGAGCGAUUUCGUGUUGGUCAUUGGUGGAGUGUAGUAAAUGCAAACACAGAACAUAAUUAUGAGGUUGCAUUGGGAAAUUUGAAGUCUGCUUGGGCAUGGAAGCCCUCCGUUAUUAAUUAUGUUGAGACAACGUGGUUGAAUCCACAUAAGACCAAGUUUGCUAAAGCAUGGACCAACAACGUGCUUCAUUUUGGGAACACAACCACAUGUAGGGUGGAGAGUGCACAUGCAGCUCUGAAAGCGUGGCUACAAACUUCCACUUGUGCCUUGGAUACGCUCUUCGCACGUGUUAAUUUGUUCAUAGAUAGCCAGAUGAUCAAGAUCAGGGAUAGCUUAGAGAAAUCUAGGGCAGAAUUGGAAGACAACAUAUGAUAGAUCCUUUUCGUCAUUUGGUUGGUCAUGUCUCCCAUUACUGUCUCAAUAUGCUGAAAAUGGAAAACACUAAACGCCUAACCAUGGGUAGGGAAGUGUUUGAUUAUUGUGGUUGUGUGCUUGUGUCUUCUUUUGGUAUCCCAUGUGCAUGUGCCAUACAACUUGCUAUUAACGAAAACGGGGGAUUGUAUCUUGAUGAUAUUCAUCUUUUCUUCAAGAGUUUGGUGAUCGGAGAUGGUGUAAAUGCAUCGGAUUACGCUAGUCAAUGUGAUCAGGAUGUUGAAUAUCUUCAGGGAUUACUUGAUGAACUUUCUGAGGUUGAUCCUGCGAUUAGGAGGGGUAUAGCAGCCCUUAUUCGUCGGCAGUUACACCCAGAGGACGAGGGAGUUCAAGAGCCUCAUGUAGUUACUUCUACGAGAGGUAGGCCUCCUGGUUCAACAUCUACUAGACGUGACCCGAGUGGUUUCGAACAUGCCCAGCACGAAUUCCGGGAUAGAUCAAGGUCUCGUAGUCGUACUCGUACAACUACGACGACCCGAUCUACUAGAGAUGGAGAUUCAAGUGCAGCAAAUCCAUCGACUCGUACUAGUGGAGAUAGAGAUUCAAAUGCGACAAGAACAUUUGAACCGGAGAGAUUUGAAAGAAGAGCAGAUCCAUUUCCUUACGCAGAUAACGUACCCGAUAUCAUCAUCCCUUUUAUAGUUGGGUGGAAUGACGUCUUAGGUGAUGGGAACUGCGGAUUCAGGUGUGUUGCUGAUGCUUUCAAUGGUGGAGAAGAUCGUUGGCCACACGCUCGUCAACACCUUUACAACGAAAUUUCAAUGAAAAAAAUUUACGAGGAUGUUUAUGGAGGACGAGAGUACGUCGAUAGAGCGAGAAUUCGUAUCAUGCACACCAGAGGUCCUGCUCGUCGGGCACAUUGGAUGGAGUCUAUUGCUGAUUUGUAUGCUGUUGCUACCUUGUACAAUUGCGUUGUGAUGUACUUUACAGUGGGGGAAUCAGGUACUUUGUGGGGUUGCUGCACUAUUCUACCAUUGACUGCACCAGUCGAGGUCACACGACCAUGUUAUGAGUUUGUUAUGGUACACCUUGGAGCACGUAAUCAACACUACAUCCGCUUAUUCAUGGCUCCUAAUUUCCCGAUGCCUCCAAUUGCAGUACAAUGGUUUGAUUUGAGAGAUGAAACUGUAGUUGGAUGGGAGACUUAUUAUGCUAGCCGGAUUAAUUUAUGGAAUGUUCAUCAUAGCAAUUAAAGUCGAUAUUAUUAUUGUAAUUGAAUAUUAGAGUUAGUUCAAAUGUAAUUGUUAUUGUAAUAUAUAUUAGAGUUAGUUGUAAGUUCAUAUUAUUGUAAUUAACAUUGUACAUACCUACUAUUAAAUGAAAGGACAGUUUAUUAAAAUCAUGUUUG